AGCAGGACCAGCAGUGUGCAGAUUUUGUAAGGGAGAACACCCAGCUCAGAAGCAGGGAUUAGAGCUCUGUUAGGAGUCACUACACUCACCCUCGAGUCUCCUAGUUCUCGGUCUACUAGAUUUGUAAACAAACAGCACAAAACAGUUCCUCUUUUGUUUUUAUUAAAGUGAUACUGCAGUGCUGUUUCAGCCCAUCAGCCAGGCAUACAUGUGUGGAAAUUUGAUAGUCUCACUAAAUUAGCUCAUUUUAAGCUGUGUUCCUUGCUUAUCUCUGGACCUUUGUGCAUUAAAUCCUAUCUCGAGCCGCUCUCUUUACACACAAGUGUUUUGCUUGUGCUUUCCUGCCUUCUGUGAGCAGCUUUAUGUAGGUCAGGCUUGGCUUAAGCAGCUUUCCCGAACCUGCGUCAGCUUAAGCUGGAGGAAUUUUAAUAAGCCCUCCCCUGUAGGCGUGGGCCUAAAUGGGGCUAGCCUAGUUAAGCCUGAUCUUUCUGUUUGUGAAAAGAGCUGAGCAGAGCUGAAGGCUGCAUGGUGGAUUCAGAAACUGCCUACUUAAUUUCAAAAGAACAAUGGUAGGGAAGGCUAGGUCUUCCAAUUUUACCCUGUCUGAAAAGCUUGAUCUGCUAAGCCUUGUGAAGCCAUAUGUGAAAAUUCUCGAAGAGCACACUAAUAAAAAUUCAGUAAUAGUGGAAAAGAAUAGAUGUUGGGAUGUCAUAGCAGUUAACUAUAAUGCAAUUGGAGUAGACCGCCCUCCUCGAACAGCACAGGGCCUACGCAGCCUUUACAAAAGGCUCAAAGAAUAUGCCAAACAGGAGCUAUUGCAGCAAAAGGAGGCCCAAUCAGAUUUUAAAAGCAAUAUUUCCGAGCCAACCAAGAAAGUUAUGGAGAUGAUUCCCCAGAUCUCCAGCUUUUGCCUGAUAAGAGACAGGAACCACAUACAAAGUGCGAACUUGGAUGAGUCUGCCCAGGCUGGUACCAGCUCAAUGCAGGUAAUGGUGGAUCACCAGCCUGUCGCUAUUACAGUAGAGGUGAAGCAAGAAGAGGACAUUAAAGCGUCCCCUCCACUGGUUCCAAAUCCUCAGCACAAUGAUACUGUAGAGCAAAGAGAAGAGCAUGAAUUAAUGCAUGCCAUGGAAGAACCCUUGUCUCCGUCGCUCUCUUCUGUUGAUAUGAGAAUGACAUCAUCUCCAUCUUCUAUCCCAAGGAGAGAUGAUUUUUGUCAUCAUGAAAGUGGAGAACACAUUAGGUCUCUGCUAAGAUGUGACCCUCAGGUCCUGCAAAUGUUAAAAGAGGAGCAUCAGAUAAUUUUAGAAAACCAAAAGAAUUUUGGAUUGUAUGUUCAGGAGAAGAGGGAUGGAUUGAGAAGGCGGCAGCGGCUAGAGGAGGAGCUGCUAAGAGCAAGGAUUGAAGUGGAGAAGCUGAAAGCGACUCGCUUACGGCAUGGUCUGCCCGAGUACAGUAGUCUCUAAGAGGUUUCCAGUCUUGCAAUUUGAUCACGUUAAUUUUGUCAGAAUUAACUUGGGAGUAUCGUGAAGCUGAGCACGUGCCCUAUAAAAAUGUUGCUAAUCUCUCUUAUAAAAAAGCUUUUAACAUGAUUUUCUUUUCUUUUCUAAGCCUGUUUUUUUUUAACACCAUUUUCUAAGUAUUUAAUUUUCUCUUUAGAUACUAAAAUUUACUGACUGGUUGACAUGGUAAUCCAGCUCAUUGUCUUCCCUCAGUUUUUUUCUAAGACAUUUAACUGUUGGUCUUAUGUAAGAUCUUCUAUUUUGAUUAUAAAAGAAAUAAUACAAAUAGAGUUGCAUAUGGUGCAUAAGCCUGUAAUCACAGCACUUGAGAGGGAAAGGCAGGUCAGAAGAUCAAGCCAUCCCAGUUUCAAGGUCAGCCCGUGCUAUGUGAAGUCCUGUGUCAAACAAAACAAAAUGCAUAAAAUUGUAUAAAUGCAUAAAUAGUAUUUCAAAGUACUGAAUCUUCAACAGUUUUAGUUACAACUUUGAAAGUUAGAUUUAAGAGAGAGAGAGAGAGUUAGUGUUGGAUUAAGUACCUAAUAAAUGGUAAGCAUAUACAUUUGUCGCUGAGCUACAUCCAUAGUCCUAUAUUUUCUUGUUUGGAGACAAGAUCUCACCCUGUAGCUCAGGCUAGCCUGGAAUACAAGUCCCUCUUGCCUCAGCUGUCUGAACACUGGGAUAAUAGGUGUGUGCUAUACUAACAGUAACAGCAAACACGUAUUGAUGACAUUGGUUUUGUCUUUAUCUUUGGAAAGAGUGGGUUAGACUUUUGAGACAGAAGAUAUUUGGAAAACGCUUCAAUUUAGAGGUAAUAAGACUGAAGUCAAGGAGGGCGCCAUCAUUUAUUUCAGGCAGCAAAGCUUUUUAUAGCAGAGUAAGCAUCGGUACUUAGUUUGUUUUCUGGAGGGAGCAGGAGGUAAUGGUGGUGGUAAUUUGUGUUCCUUAUUUAUUCUAUAGAAGUAAAAAUCUCAGAAUUAUUUAACUAAUUAGGAGAACUUAUUUAAUUACAGUCACCUUUUGGGUUGGAGAUGUAGCUCAAGGGGAGAGCAUUUUCUGGUAUGUUUGAGGUCCCUUCUCCAGGCGACAAAAGAAAACUUACUUUUCUAUUUCUACAUGGUUGGGUUCGGAAGCCUAGGGUGUUGUGGCUAUACCCCACCCUCCCUCCCUUUUUUUUUUCCUGCUAAAAGAGAUCAGGUCUUUUUAUUGAAAAUAGUGCAUAUUUUGACCAUGUGAUUAAAAUUAUCUUAAUUCAUUUUAAAUGUUUUUCUUAAAAAUGUUUCCUUCACAGUAAAGUUAGAGUUAAACAAAAUGAAAACUACUUAGAAUGAAAAUAACAAAAAUCUUGUUUACAUAUAAUUUAACUUGCAGAUUUUUAUAAGUAUGAUUUUUAAAUAUUGUACUCAUGGAAAUAAAAUCUUGAUUUUUAUAAGUCUUACAUAUUGAAUUUAUGUUAACUAUUUAAUAUGUGUCUUGCAUAUUUGAUUUCCAUUUUUUGCCGAGAUUUUGAUGAGGAAGGACUUUAAAAAGCCAGGUUUUCGGAUGGAGCAGGUAGAGUUUCAGAAAUCUGGGGGAUAAGGGUGCUUGAUGUCAGAGUGAGCUCUUGCAGAGACACAUGCAGAGUGGGAUGGCGUGGCCCAAGGUGUCCAAGCUGGAUGAGUCAGGCGGCUUUGAGGUGAGGAUCGGGAGAAUUUGGGCUUUCGGUAACUUGAAUGACCUGGGACAUAUUAUGUAGACCAGACUGGCCUCAGUCUCACAGAGAUCAUCCACUUCCAGGGUGCUGGAUUAAAGGUGUGCCUGGUAGACAUCUUUCUUGACUACAUUGGGUAGCUUCUGUUUAGUUCAAGUUGAAAUUUUACAUGCAGGAAUACAUCAGAAAUCUGUAUUUUGUGUGAAAAUUUCCAAUUUUUAAAUGUUUGCAAGUCAUUCAGAAUGCUUUUAAAACAGUUUAGUUAUGCCUCCUCCCAGACUUUCAGGCUUCCAGUUGGUGGUGUGUAGAGUAAAAAACCCAGGUGAGGAUGUGGCUGUGGCUCGGUGAUUCAGGGCUCUCCUGGUGUAGUCAAGGCUUUGGGUUCUGUCCACAGCACCGCAGACACAGUAGAGUUAUGACAACAGUGUCAGUCUUGAAUUGGAUGUCAACGUUAUGUUAGCUCCUUAGAAGUGUAGAUCCAUCUAGUGAAUCAGAAACUAGGGUGGGGUUCAGCAGUCUGUGAAUAGUGUCCUCGGGGAUUCCUAUACAGCUAAAGGUUCAGAAUUGAACUUGGUGCUUGAAACAUGACAGUCUCAGCAAUUCUCCUUGAAGAGGAGUGUGGGUGAAAUGUCAGUUGUUAGCAAAUCAGGAUUACAUUAAAUGCUGUUUUUAGGGAGUGAGAUCUAACUGAAUAUAAAGUGAGAAGCUGUUGAAGGCUUUUUGAUUAUAGAGAGGACAUGAUUAAAGAUGUGAGUUAGGAAGAAUGCUAUCAAAUGUAGUGGUUAUAGGAAUAAAUAAAGUGAACUCUUAGGGUACUAGGUAAUUUGUUCAAUUUCUCAGUGUUCAAGAUCAUGAUAUAUUCUUAUGGCAGUUUGCCUUUUUAAUGUGUGCUGUGACUUUCACUUGAGAUGUAAUGAAUCUUCUAAUGUGAGGUAAUAUAUUUUAUAUAAUUUUAGUAGCUAUAUAGUAGAAACCUUUUUGAAAUUAUUGAAAGUAAGUUAUGAAGUAUAAUUCUCAUUAUUUCAGCAUGCUGCCACUCAGACUUGGCGAUAAACAUUGAGUCUGAGUAUUGACUUUGUAUAGAAAAUCCACUUACAAGUGUCUGUAAAAAACUAACUCUGUGAAAUGUUUCUAGAAAGUAAGUCAGUGUUUAAAGAAAGUACAUCUUUUUUGAUAGUUUGGUUCUCUAUUCAGUGUGGAAAUUAAAGUAAUAUAGAUGUCUUUGAAAAUUC